CUGUCAGUAUGGGUCAAGAAGCUGUAAAAGUUGUUUAAAGUUGGUGAAAGCAUUUCUUCAAACAGUUUGAACUUAAGUCACCUGUGUUAUUAGAACCAGAGGACUGUCGCUGCUGCUUCCACAGGAAAACUCCCACCGGUGGAGAUGGAACCAGUGUGUUCCUGACAUGCAGAUCAGUGUCUGUCACUCAGCCGGUGCACAUCAUCGUGCUUCCCUUCCACAGAAACUUGAAGGAGGGAUGUGGUAUCAGUCCGAGAAGAGUCCAUCAAACAAAGACAAAUGCAGUACAUUCACCUUCUAUCGUCUGAGUCCUCCAUUAGACAUCCAGCUGGAGACAAUCAACUGCACAGCCUUCAGUGUACGAUGGAAGAUGCCCCGGCGACACGUCAGCACCAUCACUGGAUACAAGGUCUUCUACACUGAGAUAAGGAAUGGACAUCCAUCGGGUUCAGCAUCUUUGAUGGAGGUGCCUCUCAGCUUGGACAUGCUGACCACUGGCCAAUUUGAUGGACAAGCCAGUUUUGACGUGGACAUCGGUAACCUGAAGGUGAACGCUAAGUACAGAGUCAGUGUUGGAGCGUACGGCUGGGCAGGAGAGGGUAGACCCAGCAUGCCCAGAGACAUCAGCACCGCCUCACAUGAAAUGUGCAUGCGCCCAUCUCCCCCUACUCAGCCUGUUGUCAUGGCUGUAUCUGACACGGAGCUGGCGUUGUCAUGGCAGCAAGGAGAAAGCGAAGGAAGCGCACCUGUCCUUCACUUCCUGGUGGCUUACAUCAGGCCAGAAAUGGACACGGAGUGGACAUAUAUUCGUGAGCCCAUUGAGACUAACUCGAUGGUUUUGAAGGGGUUAAUACCGGAGACGGAGUACCAGUUUGUUGUCAGGGCAGUCAACGUGCAUGGACUUAGCCCACCCAGCAACAUCAACAACCCUGUGCGCACUCUAGGUGCAUCAGACGUUGGCAGUGGUGAUUAUGGCCGGUACAUCACAGAUUCUGGGAACAAAGAUGACGAUGGCUUUGACGUAGAUGACUCUGAUUAUGACAUCUUUAUUGAGGAGUUAAAGACAUUCCCAGAUAAUGAUGCAGACAACAGGAAAUCCCAGCUCCGCUCACGCUCUGGUCCGCCAUCUGGUCGGAACGUUGUUUACCGUAUGAACAUCAUCGCUCCUCCCAACAUUACUGCCCCACCAGUUUCCACCACUGCUGCGCCAAUUCUCCCAGACUUCACAGAUCUGAUCUUCUACACCACCUCAGAGCCCAGUACCACCCUCGACACCACAACCACUGCCCCACUGACCACCACCAGCAUCACGUUGCCGCCCACCACCACCACACCAACCAUGUCCCCCUGGAAGGGUGACGUGCCUCGUGUGUACGACCUGACCUGUGAUGACACCGUGUGCCCCCCCGACAGCUUCUGUCUCAGUGAUUUUGACAGCGGAGGUUCUCGCUGCCACUGUAACCUCGGACGAAGAGGAGACUAUUGCUCUGAGGUGGUGUCAGUGAACUUUCCCAGGUUCCAUGGCUUCUCUCACAUGACCUUUGAACCCUUAAAAAACUCUUACCAGACGUUUCAGAUCACUUUGGAGUUCAAGGCAGACUCGGAGGAUGGCUUGCUGCUGUACUGUGGAGAGAACGAACAGGGCCGAGGAGACUUUACCUCUUUGUCCCUGGUACGAGGCAAGCUGCACUACAGGUUUAACUGUGGCACCGGAGCUGCUCAGAUAGUCAGUGAGAGUCGAAUUGUUCUUGGUCAGUGGCACACGGUCACUGUCUUCAGAGACGGCAUGAGUGGCUGGCUUCGUAUGGACAACGACACCCCAAUAUCUGGACGCUCACAGGGCCAGUACACGAAGAUCACUUUCCGCUCGCCACUGUAUUUGGGAGGAGCACCGAGUGCUUAUUGGCUGGUCAGGGCGACGGGGACAAAUCGCGGCUUUGUCGGCUGCAUUCAGAGUCUGAGUAUCAACAACAAGGCCACAGACAUCAGGCCGUGGCCUCUGGGUAGAGCUCUGAGUGGAGCUGAUAUAGCUGAGUGCAGCGACAGCGUGUGUGACCUGGUCAGCUGCGCUAACGGCGGCAUCUGCUUCGCAAACCGCGCUGACGGCUACAUCUGCCUGUGUCCGCUCGGCUUCAGGGGAGCACUUUGUGAAGAGAGUUUCUCUCUGUCCUCACCACUCUUCAAUGAGACUGUGUUUUCGUACGUUGUCAUCCCCUGGCCUCAAUCCUCUCAGAGUUAUCUGUCCUUCAUGGAGUUCGAGAUGACGUUUCGACCAUCAAUGCCUGACGGGGUGCUGCUGUACAGUGAUGACGCAGGCAGCGGAGACUUCCUGGCUAUAAACAUGGUGGACAGAUACAUAGAGUUCCGAUUUGACUGCGGCUCUGGAGGAGCAGUCAUAAGGAGUGAGGAGCAGAUCAGUCUGGACACAUGGCAUGAGCUGAGGGUGUCUCGUACAGCAAAAAGUGGUAUCCUUCAGGUGGACAGCCAGAGGCCAAGGGAAGGAAUUGCUGAGGGAGCUUUUACUCAGAUCAACUGCAGCUCCCCUCUCUAUAUUGGAGGAGUACCAGAAUAUGAUAAAACCAAGAGGACGGCAGGUGUAAUCAAGCCCUUCUCUGGAAUUAUUCAGAAGUUGAUACUGAAUGACCGCACCAUCCCAAUAACAACUGCUACUGCUGGUGGUGUUAACGUAGCCAAUUCUGCACACCCCUGUGUGGAAAGUCCCUGUGCCAACAGUGGAACCUGCAGACCAAAGUGGGAUGGAUAUGAGUGUGACUGUCCAUUAGGGUACGAUGGCAGGCACUGCCAGAAAGCUGUGACUGAAGCCAUUGAGAUCCCACAGUUCAUUGGGCGGAGUUACCUGACUUAUGAUAACAGAGAUAUCGUUAAAAGGGUCUCAGGAUCCAGGACCAACCUUUUCAUUCGUUUUAAGAGCACAGUCCAGGACGGCCUGUUGAUGUGGCGAGGAGACAGUCCAAUGAGACCCAACAGUGAUUUCCUGUCUAUGGGGCUUCAGGACGGAGCUCUAAUCUUCAGUUAUAACCUGGGCAGUGGUGCUGCUAACAUCUUUGUCAACGGGACCUUUAGCGAUGGGAAGUGGCACCGAGUCAAAGCUGUGAGGGACGGCCAGUCAGGGAAACUGACGGUCGAUGAUUAUGGAGCAAAGACAGGGAGGUCACCUGGCAAGAUGAGACAACUCAACAUCAACGGACCCUUAUACAUUGGUGGCAUGAAAGAGAUAGCUCUGCACACAAACAGACAGUACAUUGGCGGCUUGGUGGGCUGCGUGUCCCACUUCACACUCUCCACUGAUUAUCACUUAGCACUGGUGGAAGAUGCUGCCGACGGCAAGAACAUCAAUACCUGCACUAACUAGAAAAUAGCUCCGACAGACAAAAAGUCCCUCUUCAGCAUCACCUCAUCGAUCAGCUGAUUUGUCGUCUUCAAACUGACUGCCAGCACCAAACGAGUGAAAACAAUAUCAUUUUUUGGAUAAACUCCCUAAAAAAACUCAAAGUGGAAAAACAGCGAUGCUACUGCUGUGUGCAAAGUUUCCAAACUGAAGUUUUGCUUUAGCAUUAACAACUUGAUGAAUUGCUCUGAAAACCAGUUUCGACACAUGACAGCAAAAAAAACAACCAGAGGAUAUUACAAAGCACAAGUACUCUGUGAAAGGAGAACAAAUUCUUAGUGAUGUGGGUAAUGUGGAUCUUUGAAAAACCUUUUGAAGGACAUUUUUCAUGGGAUGAUUCCAACACGUACCUUUUUUUUUCACUGUAAAUCCUUAUUUGAUUGCUGGAAGAACCAAGAGAUCCGAGGGAUCAAGAGUCAUCACAAGUUUUCCAUGAACCUGACCUAGAGCAGCUAGCAGAGAUAAACUGCUUUGUAGAGGAUUUUGGUUUUGGCCCUAGAGGAUUUCUGUUGUUUUUGUUGUGGCAUUUGUGUUCUUGUUCGUGAUGUAUUAUCAGUCUGUAGACUACCAUUUUCUAAAGUCUUGAUUGAUGUCAGGUUUUUAAAAGUUGUUAGUUUUGGAGGGGGGGUAUCAGCUGCACAACAGUUGUUUCUUUUUACUUUCUUUUAGUUUAUGUGCUUCUUUUUUUGGAACUCUCAGAUGCUAGUCACAUGAAAGUCUGGUGUUGACACGGUGAAGCAGCCAAAAUCCUGGAGAAAAUGUGCGUGACACAAGUCUGCUGCUGGUAUUUGAUGCAAAACUGCAGCACUGUGGAUACCAGACUCCGAGCUUUGUAUCUCUUGUUUGACCAGUUCAAUCCUUCAGUGCAAGAUUGUCUGUUAAUUGCUUUCCCAUGCCUAAGGUUUAUCUUUUAGAAGGGUCUGUCUGCACAUGAUCCAUCCAUACAUGAAGUAUUUAUAGUCGAAAAUUGAGCAUCACACAUUUAGUUUCACUUGUUUAAAGAUUGAAUUCAUCAUUAAUUCUAUUAUAAGUCAACCUUUCUUAUAUUGAUUUACAACGUAACGUUAUGUGAAGACAGACAAAAGACUUUUUAUGGCCUGAAUCAUUUUAAACAAACGUGUAAAGUCUGAAAAGAGGUGAAUUCAAUGAAAAGCACCAUGUUACUGGAGUGUGAAUGAACAUGAUAUGCACUGAGUGAUCCACCACAGGGUGAUUGGCUGUAUCACAUCUUGACUGUAUGUAUGUGAUGAGACAGUAUCUAGAAUAGGAACAUGUUGAUGUUACAUCUGUGUUGUCAGCACAUGUUUUCAGAAGUUCCAUUUAAAGCUUUAAGUUUAGGUUCAUGAUUGUUGCCAACUUUGUAGUUAGUGAAGCCAGAUGAUCCAGAUUUGUGCAAAGAACUGACCUGGGAGCAGCUAAAUCAGGACGAACGAACAGGAGCACCAAAAAUAUACAUCAAGCCUUAAAAUCCCAUGAAAAUUUGAAAUCAGCUAUCUAGGUGCCACCAUUUGUUAUUUACAGCCACUUACCAUUGCAAGAUGAUGAAAUAGAUGAAGCAAGUUAAAUAAUGUUAAGCUGGUUUUGCAAAAAUCAAUCAAUGUAAACUAUUUUUAAUGGUUAAACGGUUACAGUAACCUGUCAACAUCGAGACUCUGCAUAUAAACCAAAUUAACCAAACAGUCUGACAAUUACAUUUUUUUACCUGACUAAUCGUCCUCUUUAUUUUCAGGAAAAGGGCUGAAUUCAAAUGGCUCAGUUUAUAAUACAUGAUAAAAUAUAUGACACAGAUGAGGUGAAGUCAUGAGAAUUAAGCUUCAUAAGAAAAUAAGCAUCUCUUAAGAGAGGGUUUAUGAGCUAUACACAAAGAUGCAGAUCAGUCAUAUGGUCGUUUUAGUCACUGACCUAUAACACUAUCACUGACAUUUUUCUUUACUGAGUAAUAAAAUAACUUUUUAUGACAGGUACUCAACAAUAUUCUCAAAGUCGACAAGGGAAUGAUUUUCCUGCAACCAAAAAAUGAUUAUUUAAAAAAUUAAAUCUUCAUAUCGAGUAUCUAGUGGAGUUAAAAAAAAGUUUUGGUACACAGAUGACAAAUCCUCUUGUUUCAGCAACAGGGAACCAAAAAAUGUGGAUCUCAAAACUCUGAGACUUAUUAAACAAAAAGAAAAACAUGAAUACAGAUCUGGAUCCCAAUCAUCAUUAGAACAAUGAUCACCAUUUAAUCAACAUUAAAAUGGGGGAAAUAAUUAUUUGUGUGAUUUAAAAGACACAGUCUUCUUCUAACCUUUGGUACUUUUAGUUGCCUGUGCUGCAUGAUGGUGGCAAAUCUAUGUCCUUUUUAGAAAAAGUCAUCUCGGUAAUUCCGAAGGCUGUUUUGCCAUCAACAGCAACCUGUGCAACACACACACACACACACACACACACACACACACACACACACAGACACACAGAGUUCUGAAUUGAAGAAAGGAGUUUCUUAUUGUGCUACAUUGUACAGACACAUUUUCAAACCACUACGUAACCACUACACAAACCCUUAAGAGCAUAAUUUUCAGUCGUUGUUUGACCCACGCACAAAAGAGGCGCAUUGAAUUCCUCAGUUUGGUUUAUUUAUAUAUUUAUUACAUUCACUGCAGCCUAUUUCUUCAUUGCACUACUGCCCAGUCUGAACAUCUUUUCAAUCCCAAGCAAAGCCGCGAAUUGAUGUAACAUUUCAGAGCAUUUAGUUGUUUUGUGACAUCUAUGUGGCUGUAUUGUUUGUUUUUGAUCUAUUGUGCUUUGAACACACAAGGCACUCUGAUGUUGUACUGUGAGCUGCAGGUGUAUUUGCAAAAAGAAGAACAUGUGUAUGAGUUUAGGG